GUCGCCUCUUGUUCUGAACGGUCAUCAUCAUGGAAACCCAAGGCCCCACUCCCGCUCUCCACUUCUGCACAGAAUGCAACAACUUGCUAUACCCGAAGGCGGACCGGGCGUACAACCGACUGUACUACUACUGCCGCAUGUGCAGCCGCGACCAACCAGCGGGCGAGGGCGACGCGAUCGUGUACAGGAAUGAUUUGUUGACCAUCACAAAAGAGCAGAUGGGCGAAGUGAGCAAUCUUGAGACGGACCCGACACUGGCACACGCAGAACAGCAGUGCCCGGCCUGUCACUACCAUGACGCCGUCAUAUUCCAAGACCAGUCCAAACGACACCAAACCCGCAUGAUCCUCUUCUACGUCUGCACCAGCUGCGGCCACUGCUUCCUCGACCCCAUCCUCGUAAAGAAGAAGAAGCGCCGUCAACGCAAGGAGAAUUUCGAGGAAGAAGAAGAGAACAAGAAGCGCCAGCGUCAGGAAUACGAGAGGCAAGGAUUGAUACCCCCUCCGUCACUGGCGCCGUUCGGUAGACCUCUGGUCGAGGAGAUCGACUGCGCGUCGGAGAGCGAAGGGUUCUUGGAUUGCUUCAAGAAAGGUGCCUCGUUGGAGUUGAAGCUAUGAGUCUUGCCAGCCUUUCUUGUACUUAUAUGCAUCUUUUUGAAUGCUUUGAUGAUAUCGCGUGGGUACAUUGGGUAAAGACGAUCAGUGUAGCUUCUUCGGCCUAGCUACUGUGCACCUACCCAUGCUCAGAUAUGCGGCGCAGACAGCAAAAUGUCGAGCGCUGAGAUCGAGGAGAGCUGCCACCAUCGCUGCACGGGCUCGUCCGCUGCGCGUUGUCGUGUUAGAUCCUGUACUUCGUAUAGGGCGACAAUGACAUACCUCCCUUGCGUGCAAUGAUUCUACUCAUCCUC